AGAACGUUAUUUAUUUCAAGCACCGAUAAGCUUCAUAACGGACUCUCGUUUUCUGCAAGUUUUUUUUUCACACAAAAGUUACUAGUGCAAAUAAAAAUGCCUCGUCGUUUACGUGAUCGACCGCAAAGAAUUGAAGGUGGCCUGGGAGCCGAAACAAAUCUAAAAACUGAACCGCGAUUCGUUGGAUCCUCAUCUUCGGAUUCACAAGAAGCCGGACCGUCGGGACGCUUCAGGUCGUCUCAUAGACGCUCAGUCUCUGAAACCAGGGUUCCACAGCGACGCAUGUCGGAAUAUGAACGAACAAAUUCGCGUUCUCGGUCAGAACAGAGACGUGCACCAGGAGUGAAGGCUUUGCAAGAAAUACGAGCCCUGCAGCAAACCACCAAUUUACUAAUACCGAAAUUACCGUUCGCACGUAUCAUCCGUGAGGUUCUGCAGCAGUAUGGAAAUAAUGAUCUAAGAAUUUCGCUAGAAGCUCUAAUGGCCUUGCAAGAGUCAUCGGAAAUGUACUUGGUACAACUGUUCGAAGAUGCAUACCGGUGCACCUUGCACCGGGAACGUGUUACUUUAGGACCUAAAGAUUUGGGCCUAGCACUAUACUUAAGACAAAGAUUCUAUUGAUAACGCACCUCGAGGUAUGCCGGCUCGUACAUGCUGCCGCUGCUGAAGGGUCUUUUGCUCCUGCCGGUAACUAGUCUUCGAAUAAUCUAUAAUUAGUUGAAAAAAAAAAGAUGGCCAUACUUUCAAUUGGUUUGGUUUGCUUGCUUACUUGUCGCAAUGCCAUCUUCUUCACGAUAGCUGUAAAUUGAAUGAAUCGAUAUUUGUUUGUAGGGGAUUCUGUGUUUUUAGUGAAAAACACUUUGGCUACCUUUGCUAGAAAAGCAAAACUAAUUCACAAAAAAUCGCAAACUGACAGUUUGUUUGUUUAAAGGUUAUGUAACAAACUAUGGGAGUGAGUAGUUUAAUAUGGUCAUAAUCAUGAAUGCUUGACCUUUCCUAUUUUAUUUAAAUUUAACUAAGUUGAUUAACAAAAUAAAUAGAAAUUGAAACUCAAAA